AUGACGCCGCAUUUUCUGGCAAAAAUGAUGGCAUCACCUUAUGCGUCACCCAGUCCACCACAAUAUCCACUGGAGAGAAAGCUGAAAAAGCCUUUGAUGGAGAAACGUCGUCGGGCCCGUAUGAACGAAUGUUUGGAUCAGUUGAAACAUCUCCUGCUACACAUUUCACCGAAUCACCGUACCAAGUUGGAAAAAGCAGAUAUCUUGGAAAUGACGGUUGCUUAUCUCAAUCAGAUGCAGCAUCCACCCUCACCCUCUACAUCAUUCGACAACAAUGCAAUUUAUCAACAAUCUUAUGCGGAAGGUUUCACCGUAGCUGCUUCAGCUUGUUUGACUUAUCUGCAGAAUAUUCUACCUCCUAGUGAAUUUGCGCCUCAAGCACAGCAAUUCAGAAUUGGACUUAUACGACAUCUUCAAUCGGUGAUGUCAAGUCAUGUGAGCGGAUCAGGUGAAGAUUCAGCACCGAUUCCUUCUCAUUCAGUAGCGUCAUAUCUCCCAACAAAUUUCCAGGCACGAUCGUCAUUAGCUGGCCGUUACUUAGCUACAAAUUACUUACCAAAUUUGCCUUAUCUGCGCACUCCUUGCGUUGCACAGCCUAAUAUUUCUGAACUUUAUCGUGCUCCUAUGUUACCUACAACGAUUUCUACACCUUCACAAUCAAAUAUUCUUUCUAUUUCGAAAGAUUUGGUACCGCGAUCUGUUGCUGUUGUUGGUGCGCAACCCACUUUAUCUGGAUUCUGUGAUAAUCUUCGGGAGAACUGUUCUCGGCAUUCAGAAUCGGCAACAGGGAGUGAAAACAAGGACAAAAUUAAUGGACUGGAGGAGGUAGAAACAAGGAAGGAUGUAAAAGUUUGGCGACCGUUUUGA